AUGGACGCGCUGCGCUUCGUCCCGUUCUCGUCGGCGCCGAAGGUCGCGUUCUGGCAGGCCGUGGCCGAGCGCAAGCUGCGCGACUGGCGCCUGGACGACGCGCCGCGGCCCGCGCGGGGCUUUUACUGGGCCGGCGGCGGCGCGCGUCUCGUGCUGGACGGGGCGUCGCUGCGCGACGGCGCGGCGCCGCCCGGCGCGACGGCCUUGGCGGGCCGCGUGACGGUCGUCAACACGCUCGAGGCGUUCCGGCGCGUCGAUAAGGCUGCGCUGCUCCGGCGCGCCGGCGACGCGCUCGCCGCCGCGGUCGACGACGGCGCGGCGCUCGCGGACCCGGCGCGCCUCGCGCCCUUCGAGGUCGUCGCGUUCGCUGACCUGAAGCGGCACGCGUACGUCUACUGGUUCGCGUUCCCCGCGCUCGUGCUGCGACCGGCGGCGGCCGCGACGCGCGGCGCGCCGGCGCCGCUCGACGACGCGCUCGGCGCGGCCGCCGCGCGCGCGCUGCUCGCGGCGGCGGCCGAACCGGGCGCACCGCUCGCGUUCGCGUGGACCGGCGCGUCGCGCGCGCCGCUGCGCGAGGCGGCCGGCGGCGACGUGUUCUGCGUGCUCGACCCCGCGGCGGCCGGCGCGCCGGGCUGGCCCGCGCGGAACCUCCUGUGGCUCCUCGCGCGGCGGUUCCCGGAGCGGCGCGCGUUCCGCAUCGCGCUGCUCCGCGGCCGCGGCGGGUGCGUCGUCGAGGCGCGCGUCGCCGGCGGCGCGGCGGCCGACGUCGCCGUCGUCGGCUGGGAGGCCAACGCGAGCGGCCGCAUGGCCCCGCGGUCGGCGGACCUCGCGCCGCUGGCCGACCCCGGCGCGCUGGCGACCGCCGCGGCCGCGCUCAACCUCGAGCUCAUGCGCUGGCGACUGUUGCCGGGCCUCGACGUCGAAAAGCUCGCGGCGACGCGCGUGCUGCUCCUGGGGGCGGGCACGCUGGGCUGCGCGGUCGCGCGCAGCCUCGUCGCGUGGGGCGUGACGCGCGUGACGCUCGUCGACGGCGGUACCGUGGCGUACUCGAACCCGGCGCGCCAGUGGCUCUACACGGUCGACGACGCGAAAGCGCAGGCCCCCAAGGCCGCGGCGGCCGCGGCGGCGCUCCGGCGCAUCGCGCCGGGCUCGGCCGCCGCGCCGCCGGCGUUCGUCGGAAAAAAGCUAACGAUCGCCAUGCCGGGCCACGCGCUCCCGGCCGCCGGCACGCCGGCGGGCGACGCCGCCGACGCCGAGGUGCACGCGCUCGACGCGCUCGUCGCGGACGCGGAUUGCGUGUUCCUGCUCACCGACACGCGCGAAAGCCGGUGGCUCCCGACCGUGGUCGCCGCGGCGCGCGGCACGCUUCUCGUGAACGUCGCGCUGGGCCUCGACACGUUCGUGGUGCAGCGUCACGGCCACGGCGGCAACGGCCUCGGCUGCUACUUCUGCGGCGACGUCGCGGCUCCGACGAAUUCGACGCGCGACCGUACGCUCGACCAGCAGUGCACCGUAUCCCGCCCGGGCCUCGCGCCGGCGGCGGCGGCGCUCGCCGUCGAGCUGCUCGUCGCGCUCCUGCACCACCCCCGCGAGGGCGCGGCGCCCGCAGACCCGGCGACGCCGCCGGGCGCGCCCCUCCCGGGGAACCGGCCCCUCGGCCUCGUGCCACACUCGAUCCGGGGCUUUCUCACUCACUACGCGACGGUGCUGCCAACCACACCGGCCUUCGACCGGUGCGCGGCCUGCGCGCCGGCCGUCGUCGCGGCGUACCGCGACCGGGGCGUCGCGCUCGUCCGCGACGUGGGCGCGGACCCCGGCCUCCUCGAGCGACUCUCGGGGCUGGCGGACCUCAAGGGAGCCGUCGACGGGGCGGCGUGGGCCGAGGCGGACGAGUUCUAAGCCCGGACAUUGUGACAGUGAUAGCGCCGAGCGCUUGCCUCUAGUACUAGUAGCCUGGUAUAAU